AUGAAAUUCGAGUCAAUUGUCGCUUUGGCUGGUAUUGUAUCUGCCGCAGCAGCGGGGGUCAUUAAUAUGAAUAAAGAUAAUGACCAAGAAACUACGUACUGGGUCACUGAAUAUGCUCCUUCUACAACUAUGGUUACUGUUACCAAAUGUUCUGGAGGUGUAUGUUCCAAUCAUGCUACCCCUACUGGUGUUACUAAAACCACCACUAUUCAUUCUGGUGUUACCACUGCUUAUACUACUUAUUGUCCAUUGACUACCUCUCACGAAGUUAUCAAAUCUACCUGUUCUAAAACCCUUGUCGUCCAUUCUACAAAAUCGAAGCCAUGGUAUUGGCAUUGGUCAAAACCAAGCAAUUGUGAUGAAUCCACUUCUACUAUUAGUACUGGCUCAAUUACAAAGACAAGUGUUGAUAUCCACCCAACUACUACCACUUCUAAUACUGGUGGAAUUACCAAGACUAGUGUAAAUAUUCACCCAAGUUUGUCUACUACAUGUACUACUGGUACAUCUAAGAACUGGUUCUGGGUUUAUACAACCACUGAUUGUUCUGUUUUCACUGUUUCUGGAACAUCAUCUACUUUGGUUUCAACGACUAAGACUGUUGCAAGCAGUUCAAUUACCGUUGCUACUCCAACAGUGGCUACUACCUGUACUACUGGUUCCUACACCAAGUUGUUCUGGGUCUACACCACUACCAAGUGUUCCAUCUACACUGUUUCAUCUAGUUCAUCUUCAUUGUUGUCCACUAGUGAUGCUACUGAAAGUAGUUCCCUUCCAACAACUGCUAGUACCACCGAAGUCAGUUCUGUAGCUACUCCAACAGUUUCUACCACUUGUACCACUAGCAAGUACACUUCCAACCACUGUGUCUACACUAAGACUAAAUGUUCUAUUUUCACUUGUUCUGGAACUUCCUCAUCCUUGCUUACUACCAGUGAAUCAACUGAAAGUAGUUCUAUUUCAGCCACUUCUACUGAUGUUAGUUCUGUAGCUACUCCAACAGUCGCUACUACCUGUACCACCGGUUCCUACACCAAGUUGUUCUGGGUCUACACCACUACCAAGUGUUCCAUCUACACUGUCUCAUCUAGUUCAUCUUCAUUGUUGUCCACUAGUGAUGCUACUGAAAGUAGUUCCCUUCCAACAACUGCUAGUACCACCGAAGUCAGUUCUGUAGCUACUCCAACAGUUUCUACCACUUGUACCACUAGCAAGUACACUUCCAACCACUGUGUCUACACUAAGACUAAAUGUUCUAUUUUCACUUGUUCUGGAACUUCCUCAUCCUUGCUUACUACCAGUGAAUCAACUGAAAGUAGUUCACUCCCACCAACUAGUUCUGAUACUACAAUUGCAUCUCCAACCACAUCUUCAGAAGUUUCCACAACUGAAUCUCCAACUGGAAUUUGGUCAACAUCUUAUGAAACUCACACAGCAACCGUUACCACAGUCAUUACUACUACUGAUUGUCAUAACCACGUCUGUACUGAAUCUACCUUCCAAACAGGUGUUACUGUCAUCACAGUUACCGAAUCUGAAACAGUCACAGUUAUUACCACCUACUGUCCAUUAACUUCUACUGAAACAAUCAUUUCAAGUGUUACCCCAUCUAGUGAAUAUGAUGAAUCCUCAUCAUCCUUCACCUACACCUCCAGCGAAGUUACAGAAACCUCAAAUACUGAAUCUGCUCCAUCUACUGAAGGUACUGCUUCAGAAUCCGGUGCUGAAUCCACUGGUGCUUCCGAAUCCGCUCCAUCUACUGAAGGUACUGCUUCUGAAUCCGGUGCUCAAUCUACUGGUGCUUCCGAAUCUGGUCCAGCUGCCUCUGGUGCUGAAUCCACUGGUGCCUCUGAAUCCGCUCCAUCUACUGAAGGUACUGCUUCUGAAUCCGGUGCUCAAUCUACUGGUGCUUCCGAAUCUGGUCCAGCUGCCUCUGGUGCUGAAUCCACUGGUGCUUCUGAAUCCGGUGCCCAAUCUACUGAAGGUACUGCUUCUCAAUCUGGUCCAGCUGCCUCUGGUGCUGAAUCCACUGGUGCUUCUGAAUCCGCUCCAUCUACUGAAGGUACUGCUUCUGAAUCCGCUCCAUCUACUGAAGGUACUGCUUCUCAAUCUGGUCCAGCUGCCUCUGGUGCUGAAUCCACUGGUGCUUCUGAAUCCGGUGCCCAAUCUACUGAAGGUACUGCUUCUGAAUCCGGUGCUCAAUCUACUGGUGCUUCCGAAUCUGGUCCAGCUGCCUCUGGUGCUGAAUCCACUGGUGCUUCUGAAUCCGCUCCAUCUACUGAAGGUACUGCUUCUGAAUCCGGUGCUCAAUCUACUGGUGCUUCCGAAUCUGGUCCAGCUGCCUCUGGUGCUGAAUCCACUAAGUGCUGA